UCCUAUUGUAUUAGUGAGUCAGACGUGUCGAAUGAGGAUCUCAAGGUUUUGGGUGUGUAAAUUAGCCUUUUUCUUGCAAUGUAGGAAGAUAAUGAAACAAUAGUCUGUCUUUAUGAUGCUGAAAGAAAAUUACUUUGGGAACUAAUUUGUUGUUGGCAACAGUUUUGAACAAGACAUCUGAAUUUUGUCAUCAUUUUGACAUCUUUUGUCAUUUCAUGAAAUACGUAGUGGAAUGACAUCAUCAGUCAUAAAAUAAUUAACUUAGUCCGAUAAAACAGAUCAAUAAAGCACAUGCAUAGAUAUUAAACACGUACACAUCUUUCUCUUCAUAAAAUAUUGUACAAUGAAUACACUCUACUAGGAUAUAGACAUCUUCAAUGGUAUCCACUUAAAUAUUGCACUGAGAUACUACACUAUGACGUAUUGCUGUACAUUCCUAUAUAACAUCUGGAGAAGAAUCGACUAAAAUACUUUGCAAGAAGCUUUACUGUAGCAUUAAAUCAGUAGGCUACACAAGCAGACACUCUACUAUAUAAACCAAACAGAACUCUUUCAAAUAAAACGUUUGUAUACUAAACAGUUGAAUGGUCUAGAAGAUACAAGGAAUGCAUAUCAAGACGUUGCUUGUUUUGUAUUGGCUGAUUCACUUUGUUGGAGCUUACCCAACUGGUGCACCGGACUUCGUGUGUGAUACAAUGAUUCCAGAUCAUGGCGGCUCAAACAACCAGCCCAACAACCCAUACAGAUUGAGUUUAUCCAAAUCAACAUAUCUACCGCAAGAUACAGUGGAAGUUACCCUGAACAGCACAAGUUUAACACCAUUCAAAGGUUUUUUACUGCAGGCUGUGGAUGCCAAUAGUAACUUGGUUGGCAGUUUUGCAAUCCCUCCAGAAGCUCAGCCAAUUUGUUUGGCGACUCUGACUCACGUAUCUUCUGCAUUGAAACAAACUUUGAAAGCAACAUGGCGAGCUCCAAACGUUCUCGUUGGAAGAGUCAUUUUCAGGGCAACAGUGGUAGAGAGCUUUGCUACAUACUUCAUUAACUUCACCUCCCAACCACUUUUACCGCUAAACACAACGACAACAUCGACAUCAACAACCACGCCCACAACAACCACGCAUACCACAACGCCAACACCAACCACACCCAUGACAACCACACCUUCAACCACAGUCUCGACAACAACAUCAAGUACAACAACAACUACACAUACAACAUCUGUUUCAACCGCAACACCAAUAACAACAACAACACCCGUGACGACAACCACGCCAACAACAACAACUACACAUACAACACUAUCUACUUCAACCACAACACAUGUAACAACAGCAACCACGCCAACAACAACUACACAUAUAACUACACCAACUUCUACCACAACACUUAUAACAACAACCACGCCCAUAACGACAACCACGCCUACAACAACUACGCAUGUAACAACACCUUCUUCAACCACAACACUUACAACCACGCCAACAACAACUACACAUAUAACUACACCAACUUCUACCACAACACUUAUAACAACAACCACGCCCAUAACGACAACCACGCCUACAACAACUACGCAUGUAACAACACCUUCUUCAACCACAACACUUACAACCACGCCAACAACAACUACACAUAUAACUACACCAACUUCUACCACAACACUUAUAACAACAACCACGCCCAUAACGACAACCACGCCUACAACAACUACGCGUGUAACAACACCUUCUUCAACCACAACACUUACAACCACGCCCACAACAACAGCCAAACCACCAACAACAACUACACAUUCAACUCCUACUUCAACCACAACAACUAUAACAACAAACACGGCCUCAACAAUAACCACGCCUACAGCAACAACUACACAAACAACAUCUAUUUCAACCACAACACCUAUAACAACAACAACGCCGGCGACGACAACGACGCCAACAGCAACAACUACUACACAAACAACAUCUACUUCAACCACAACACCUACAACAACAAACACGGCCUCAACAAUAACCACGCCAACAGCAACAACUACACAAACAACAUCUAUUUCAACCACAACACCUAUAACAACUACACAUAUAACUACACCAACUUCUGCCACAACAGUUAUAACAACAACCACGCCCACAACAACAACAUCAUCAACCCCACCAACAACAACUACACGUACAACUCCUACUUCAACCACAACACCUAUAACAACAAACACGGCCUCAACUAUAAUCACGACUUCGUUCACACAAACACCAAAUACAACUAAAACAACAUCUACUUCAAGUACACCCAUGCCGUCAACAACACCUACUUUAACUACAACAACCACGACAACACCCUUAGCAACCACAUAUACAACAACGCCUACGUCAAGCACAACCUCCUCAAUAACAGCCACAUACACAACACCUUCAACAGAUACAGCUACUUUAUUUAUUCCUACAACUACAUCGGUACAAACAACCACAUCAAUAACAGCGCCCUCAACAACAGUCACUUCUACAACCACAACAACUCAUCCAUUAACAACCACGUCUACGAUAUCUACAACCACGCUCACAACGACAACGUCUACAUUAUCCACAACAACACCAACAGCGACGUCUACAUCCACACCCAUGUCCACAACAGCAACUACGUCUACAACACCAUUAAGUCCUUUCUCGACCACAAGCACAGCUGCCACUACAACAAUGUCCACAACUACUGCAAAAACAACAUCAACCACAAACACAACCAUACCAUCAACAACCAUAAUUACAACCACGCCAAUAACAACGACUUUUGCGACAUCAACUACGCCUACAACAACUACCCUAACAACAACUACAUCAGCAACAUCGACCACAGUUCCCAUAGCCACACAAGCGACAUCGACGGUUUAUCCAAUGUUGAACAAUCAAGGCACAACAGAAAGUGAAUACAUUACACCUACUACGUCUGUGGCCAAAUCAUCACAAGUGACGUCUUCUAGUUCGAUUUUGAACGCUGUCACGUCUGAUCUUAAAGAUUCUGUCCAGUUGAAGAGUGUCUCUAAAAGUUCUGUCGACAUAAGACUUGGCUUGUACUUACCUCUUGGACUUGUCAUGUCAUGGGCUGCACUUAUACUCAUGUCACACCUGGUGAAAAGUAUCAUUAAAGUUAUGAGAUAAC